GAGGCAGCGAGCCCCACCACCGGCACCACGGGGCGCGGGAGCCCGCAUCGCCCCCGCCGGGCCUGAGCACGCAGGAGGUCCCGCGGUCUGGACCGAAGAGAAAAAGGACGGAGGAUUCCAUGUAAGCCUAGCGUUGGCACUAGUAGGGGAGAAGCGUGGAGACGUCCCUGGCACGGGGCAGAGGUGCCCGACGCCUACUAGGCCAGGCUUGAGCCCCUGAGAGCCUGGCAUCCCAGCAACAGCGACUUGGGCUCUGACCUGCCUGAGCAGGGAACGCAGCUUAGCUCCUGGCCCCAGGCUGGCGCAGGCCAGGCACAAGAAGCAGUGCCCUCACCUGUCUGAGACUCGGUGGCAUUCCAGGAACCCAGGUCUGGCCUGACCCAAGGUGGGGCUCUCUGGUGGCCCAGAGCUGGUCACCGGGGAGCCGGCCUCCCGCGCCAGCCCCUCUGGUACGGAUGUGCCGCUGCCCACCGGAGCACCAUGACAGCAGGAUGACCUCAGCUGAGGCAGUGGCAGUGUCUGGCGGGGCGCGGUUGGCUGGGUCCCCAGAUUGGCCCCCCGACACCCCUCAGGCCCUGGGGCGGCCUGGCCGGGCCCGGGUGGCCAUGGCGGCACUGGUGUGGCUGCUGUCGGGAGCCAGCAUGUCCAGCCUCAACAAGUGGAUUUUCACGGUGCACGGCUUUGGGCGGCCCCUGCUGCUCUCGGCGCUGCACAUGCUGGCAGCAGCACUGGUGUGCCACCGGGGGGCACGGCGACCCAUGCCUGGCCGCACCCAUUGUCAAGUGCUGUUGCUCAGCCUCACCUUUGGCACCUCGAUGGCCUGUGGCAACGUGGGCCUGAGCGCUGUGCCCCUGGACCUGGCGCAGCUGGCGACCACCACCACCCCACUGAUCACACUGGCCCUGUCAGCCCUGCUGCUUGGCCGGCGCCACCACCCGCUGCAGUUCGCCGCCAUGGGCCCGCUCUGCCUGGGGGCUGCCUGCAGCCUGGCUGGAGAGCUCCGGACACCCCCCGCCGGCUGUGGUUUCCUGCUGGCGGCCACCUGCCUCCGUGGCCUCAAGUCUAUUCAGCAGAGUGCCCUGCUGCAGGAGGAGAGGCUGGACGCGAUGACCCUGCUCUACGCCACCUCGCUGCCCAGCUUUUGCCUGCUGGCAGGCGCGGCCCUGGUGCUGGAGGCCGGCGUGGCGCCGCCGCCCGCUCCCACUGACUCCCGCCUCUGGGCCUGCAUCCUGCUCAGCUGCCUCCUGUCCGUACUCUACAACCUGGCCAGCUUCUCCCUGCUGGCCCUCACCUCAGCCCUCACUGUCCACGUCCUGGGCAACCUCACUGUCGUGGGCAACCUCGUCCUGUCCCGGAUCCUGUUUGGCAGCUGCCUUAGCGCCCUCAGCUACGUGGGCAUCGCGCUCACCCUUUCAGGAAUGUUCCUUUACCACAACUGCGAGUUCGUGGCCUCCUGGGCUGCCCGCCGGGGCUUCUGGCGGAGGGACCAGCCUGGCAAGGGUCUCUGAGACCUGAGGGCUCACAGGGACCACCUGGGACAGCCCCAGCUUGAAUCCAGCCUUGGCCUGUGGCCAUGGGAAACGUGGAGAGCGGGCAGCCUCUGGGGCCCAUGGGGAAGACAGGCCUUCCAGAAGGGCCACCUUGGAGGCUGGAAUGGGGACUCCCGGAGAGACCCCUCUCCUGUCCCUGCCCGCCUCUCCUCGCCUCAGUCCCCACUCACCACUGGAUGGUGGGUCCGAGCCCGGUGCAGGCACUGUGCCUGUGAGAGUAAUUAUUACAAUUAGUAUCAACUAUGACGCCGAGUAUUGCUGGCCAAACCGUGUUCUGAUGGCGACGACAAUGAAUCUUGGCGGUCGCGCAAUCCUUCCUCCAGGAAGUGGGGGAGGCAGCUAGGGGCCUGGGGAAGGGCUUCUUUGCCACUGGGCUUCCUAGGGAGUUGGGGUCGUCUGUGCCAACUCCAGGCAGCUGCUGUGGCCUCAGCCCCGGGCUCCCCAGUUUUGGGUCUUCCGUCCUCAAAUAAACUAUUUUUGCGUGGA